AUGAUGCCGCAGCAGGCCGAGCUGCGCGCCAAGGUUGGGACGCCGGACUACAUGGCGCCGGAGCUGCUGCUUGGGGAGCGGCACGGCAGGGGGGUCGACCUCUGGGCGCUCGGCUGUCUCGCCUUUGAGCUGCUGACCGGCUACACGCCCUUCACGGGCGGCACGGUGGAGGAGGUCUUCGAGCACAUCCUCGACCACACCGACGCGGAGGCGAUCCGGUGGCCCGAGGAGGCGGGGCACCUCUCGGCGGAAGCGGUGGAGCUCGUGGUGGAGCUACUGCACCCCCUGCCGGACCGCCGUCUCGGCGCCGACGGCCUCGCGACCCUGCGCGACCACCCCUUCUUCGGCGCCAACGGGUGCACGGCAGCGCCGCCUAGUGGAUCGGCGGGAAGGGAGGGGCAGGCGUUAAUCGACGAUCUGAGCGAGGCGAGCGGCUUCGACGGAUCGAGCGCCGUGCCGGCAGCCGCAGCCCGAGACGGCGGCGCCGAGGCGCAGUCCGUUCCAGCGGUGUGGAUCGCUGCGGCCGUGUGCACCGACAUAGCUGUCGGCGCUACGGAGCGGCGGCAGGCUGGGGAAGCAGAAGGACAGCCGGCGACGCCCAGCAUACAGCGGAGAGCAGGCAAGAAGAGAAUUUCACAAGUCAAGGCUCUCGCAAGAAGAGAAUCUUACAACAAAACUCCCUCGCACAACACUGGGCACGGGACUGGCGCGCACUGGCACUAA